AUGUUGUCGGAUGGUGAGAAGAAGCUAAGCAAGAACGAACAGAAAAGGCUAGCGAAGCAAGCGCAGAAAGAGAAGGAAAGGUUGGAAAAGGAGGCAAAGAAAAGUGCGGAAGCAGCCCAAACAGGAAAAGCAGAAAAGCAUGUCAAAGAGGCAGAUCCAUCUGAUCCUCAAGAAUAUUACAAAAUGCGAGUUGAAAUGAUCAACAGCCGAAGAGCAGCUGGUGACAACCCGUUCCCUCAUAAGAAAUACGAACAUCUGAAGAAUGAGGAAGUUCUUAAUGAUGUACGGGUCAGCAUUGCUGGACGCAUUUAUUCAAAACGUGAAUCGGGUAAGAAUCUAGUCUUCUACGAUGUCCACAAUGGUGGCACUCGCUUACAGGUCAUGGCAAACGCUAGAUACCAUGCUGCUGGCGCUGAAGACUUUAGCGCAGUGCAUGAACGAAUCCGACGUGGAGAUAUCGUUGGCUUCAGCGGUCAUCCUACUAGGAGUAAAACGGGCGAGUUGUCCUUGUUGCCUCUUGAAGUGGAGCAGCUUACACCUUGUUUGCGCAUGCUGCCGCAUACUCAUUAUGGUCUCAAAGACAAGGAGCUUAGGCAAAUGCUAAUAGUUGGCGGAAUUGAUCGAGUUUAUGAAGUUGGUCGCUUGUUCCGUAAUGAAGGCAUUGACAUGACGCACAAUCCUGAGUUUACAACUUGCGAGUUUUACAUGGCGUAUGCUGAUUACGAGGAUCUAAUACGACUGACUGAAGAUCUGCUCAGCAAAAUGGUCAUGUUCAUUCAUGGAACGUACAAAAUCAUGUAUCACCCGAAUGGGCCUGGAGUCGAACCGGCUAUGGAGAUUGACUUCACUCCGCCUUUCAAACGUGUGAACAUGUACGAAGGACUGGAAAAAGCCCUAGGCGUUAAACUACCCUCUCCAGAUACCCUGAAGACAGAGGGU